GGUGACGGCGAUGCACACGCCAAGGGGGCUAAUCCACAUGAAUGUGGCUCCUCAGGGUUGGACAAAUGCGAUGGCGAUGGUGUAGAGACAUAUGAUCAGGGCCAUGCAAACAGUCAGCCCGCACAUCACUCAGCCCUACAUUGACGACUUGGCGGUUGAAGGGCCAAAAGAGAGAGAGGCGGACAAGGUGCAGCCCGGAGUGAGACGCUUUGUUUGGAGGUAUAUCCAGGAUCUUGAUCAAGUCUUGGGUCUGCUAGAGGAGCACAACCUCAAUGCAAGCGGGCCAAAAUCCAAGCACUGUAUGAGAGAAGCUACCAUCUUGGGGUUUGUCUGCAAUGAGGAAGGCCGGAAGCCAGAUGUGAAGAAGACAGACAAGAUCUUAGAAUGGUCGGUGCCUUUCCAGACCAUAACGGAUGUGAGAAGCUUUCUUGGCACUUGUGGAUUUUGGAGAAGCUUCGUGAAAGACUUCGCCGCCAAGACUGGGCACUUAAGGAAGCUGGUGCGCCAGAACCAAGAGUGGGUUUGGGGCGAAGACCAAGAAGAAGCGGUAGCCAGGAUGAAGGGAGAGUUCAAGGAAGGAGGAUUGGUGCUGGGAGCGCCAAAUUAUGAACGGACUGAAGAAAAGUCAUUCAUCAUCGAGACCGACGCUGGGCCAACUGCAUUGGGAGGGGUUUUGAUCCAGGCAGAUGCCAGAGGAAAGGAGAGGCCGCUAAGAUUCGAAAGUCGUACUCUUAAUACGACCGAGAGGAAUUACUCUCAGUUCAAGAAGGAGACGCUCGCGGUACUCCAUUGCCUAAGGGUCUUCCGGAAUUAUGUCUUCGACAGGAGAUUUAUAUUAAGGGUGGACCCUACGGCACUAGCCUGCUCCUUGAAGAAUUAUACACCAUCUGACCCAACCGUCGCCCGAUGGUUGACGUACAUUUGGAUGUUUAAUUUUGAACUGGAGAGGAUCCCAGGGAACAAGAACAGGGCUGACGGCCUGAGCCGCGUCAACUGGGACAGCAUGGAUCAGGGGUCGAUCGAAGACAACCCGCCAGUUGACGGGUUCCUGGAUCAAGAAGAGGAUGUGCAACUCCAUAUCAACAAAUGGGCGCUGCGAGUACCCAGUUGUGUUAGCUAUCCCAUAUGGAUAGCACCAAGAGGGUAUGAGCGGAAGGACGACUUAGUCCUUAAGCCCUUUCAGGAAGAAGAUCCGUGGGGAGGCAAGGACACGCAGUGGAUGAUGAAGUUGGCACUGGCAGGGACACAUGGCUUGGUGGAAGAGGUGAGGACAAUAGAGGAAGGGCCUACUCAGGUAGAGGAACAUGAGCAGCUAAUGGGAGAGAUGUAUCUGCUCACUAAUACGCUCCUGCAAGGAGACUUCGACCGGAGAGGCUCGUUUAGUCAUGAGGAGGAUGAACUCCUGAUUCCGGAAAGUAAGGAUGACGAGUUCGAAGAAAGGGAGAUUAAGGAGGCAUUCCGGGCAGAGGAAUACAACGGGAUCUAUCUUAUGCUGGGCCUACUUCUAUCCUGUGAGAUGAGGGACAGGGAUGCUAGCGACAAGGCGCAGAAGUUGAGGCACCUCUAUGUGUUGGACAUCAUAGCAGCAUUGCACGAUGGUAUAGCAGGAGGGCACAGAGGGAUAGGUGCCACAUGCGCGAAGAUAAGCGAGCUCUACCAUUGGGAUGGAAUGCUGACGAUGGUCAUCAAGUACUGCCAAUCCUGUGUACCUUGCGAGGAGAGGUCAGCGCAGAGGCCAGAAGAGCCCCUGCACCCAAGGUUGGAAAGGGAAGUGGGUGCAGUAGUACACCUGGACCUAUUGUUUAUGCCAGUUGGGGGAAAUGGGUGCAAUUAUAUCUUCGAUGCUCGGGAUAACCUCACUGGGUUUGUGGACGGUCGGGCUAUCCGGACGAAGACUGGCCCAGUUUUGGCAAAUUGCAUCGAGGAGUUUUACCUGCGCUAUCCUUUCGUUAAGGAGUUCGUGAUGGACCGAGGAUCGGAGUUUACUUGCAAUGAGGUGCGGACUCUGCUUGCUGGGUAUGGGGUAGUAGCCAACUAUACUACGGUUGCGCACCCUCAGGCAAAUGCUCCUGUGGAGAGGGGGCACAGUACCAUCACGAAUCUUUUGGCCAAGUGGACGGAGGGCAAGCCUGGUCAGUGGCCGAAAUUCCUGCGAGCGACUUUUUUCGUGGAGAAUAUUACGGUGAAGAGGACUACCAAGUAUGCGCCAGCCACGCUAUGGUAUGGGAGGCAUGCCACCUUCCCUAUAGAAAGCUUUAUGAAAACGUGGAGGCGCCAGGACUUGGAAGUAAACCUGUCCUUCGAGGAGCUGCUCGAUAUCCAGGCGCGGCAAGUGGGAGCGGCCGAGGAAAGAUUGCGAGAGGCUGCUGGUCAGGUAGAGAGAAGUCGCAUGGAGGAUAAGAUGAGGUGGGAUCAAAUGGCGCGAGUGCGGAAAGAGCCCUUGGCAGUGGGAGAUAGUGUGCUAUUAUACGACUCAUCCCUGGAAAAGCAGUGGUCACGAAAACUUGACAAAAGAUGGUUGGGGCCCUACAGGAUUGUGCGAUGCGGCGAGUUUGGGGCGUACCAGAUCGAAGAGCUAAACGGCACGGAAUGGAAAGAUUGGGUAUCUGGGACAAGGCUAAAGAAGUCUGACUUCUUGAAGGCAGCCAUGCAAAGGGGCGGGCGGGGCACGCGGCCACGACAGAGACCUCUCGGGGCAUCCGGAGGGGAGGAGCAGCAUGGGCCCUUCAGGAGAGAGCUUACACCCGUGUUUGAUGACGACAAUAUCGAGCUUUUCCUGGACGCCUACCAAGAGCAUGCAGCCCGGAGAGGAUGGGACAUGUCUGAGAGGACACGGCGGUCCUGGCCAGAGGGCGUCGCGGAGCCGGACAGCCAGGAGGCCCCAGUACCACCACCAGAGGUCACUAUGUCACCCAGGCACGAGGAUAAGGCGAGAGGGCAAGUGGAGGGGUGGAGGACGGAGCCCCGCCUGGUUGUCGACUCACAUUUAGUCGCGCACGCAGCCGAGCACCCUGACAUUGAGGAGCCCAGCCUGGUUGGGCUAUCAUCGGGGCCAGCGGGUACUGAGUUAGAGGAGGGUUUGCAGGCCGCAAUUGGGGAAGUCGCAGAAGCAGGCACAGGAAAGGAGCCGGACAAAGCCGCCCAGGCAAAGCGUGCUAGGGUACGAGCUCGCCUUGAGGAGAUACAUGAGCGCAGGGACAGGAUGGAGGCUGCAGGGAUAGCGCCAAGGCCACUAGUCGCCCCAAAGACAAGUGAAGAGAGGAUUGACGAGUUAUGGGCCAGAUAUGAGGGACGGAGAGAGGCAGCUCGCCAGAGGGCACGAGAGGCGGGCCAAGCGAUUGAGGGUGCGGACGAGGCGAUAGAGGUCGGGGAGCUAGGUUUUGCCGCCACUAGAAGGGCUAUCGAGUGGGUGGACAAGGAGAUAAAGCAGACAUCCAUCGAGGCCUUUCAAAGGUACUCCCUGCUUAGUGACGAAUUGGCCCUCAGGAAAGACGAGGUGGAACAACUGACUGCCCAACUCGCAGAGGAGAGGGCCGAGAGCAGGGCCAAACAGGCUCGCUUGGAGGCGAAGGAGGCUGAGUGGGAGGCAAAGCUCAAGGAAAUGGCGGCCGCAGUGGAAAGGCUUACCGCCACCAAAGUGAUUGAUUGGACUGAGCAGAGCAGAUUCGAGAAAAGUUGCGGCGGUGAAGGAAGCUCCGGUUCCUACGUCACUGACGCAGGUUCGAGCCUUCUUGGGACUGGCGUCGUACUACCGACGCUUCAUCAAGGGCUUUGCCGCGAUUGCACGACCACUAACGAAUUUGUUACGGAAGGACCAGCCUCUCAGCUGGGACGCGGAGUGCCAGCAGGCCUUUGCAACCCUCAAAGACGCUCUAGCAACGACCCCUCGAAGCAGUUCAUUCUCAUCACGGACUGGCAACCGGAAGCUAUUUUCGCUAUCCUAGCGCAGAAGGGGAACGAUGGUCGCGAACACGUCAUCGAGUAUGCGUCACGAACCGUACCAGACGAACGAAGAAACGACUCCGCACCUCAGGGUGAGUGUUAUGCGGUAAUUUGGGGAAUCCAACACUUCCAUCCGUAUCUCUACGGACAGAAGUGUCGCCUCGUAACGGAGCACGAGCCUCUGCUGGCGCUGAAGAAACUCACCAACUACAUGGGCAUGAUUGGCCGUUGGGCGGUGCGACUACAAGAAUACGACUUCGAUAUCGUCCAUCGAAAGACAGAGCGACACGGCAACGCGGACGGGCUGACACGCCUACAUCGACCUGCCAAGGUACCAAAGGGCGAGGAAAUUACACCGUGGAAAGAGCCGGACUUGACUAACGAGCCGAAGUACGGACAAGUGGCAGUUCUCCCACGUGGCAAGAAGCAAAACGGUGCGAUGGGUGAUGGAGAAUUUGUCGAGCUCUCAUUUUGCCUGCUACGAGUGGAUCUGAACUGGACGUGGGAAGGCGAUCAGAGACCCGCGUCGGAGAUUGUGGAGUUGCUCGUCAUUCAGAUCGUGCGCGAACUUACGAUCGUGAUCGCGCGAUUGGUCGACGAACUCCCUCUCGACAUCAUCUCUCAGAGCGACGAAGAACCCGUGCCACAUACCCUCUCAAGGACUCUCGCCCCGAGCCUCCAGUGGUCGGCUUGUAUCGAGGAGCGCUGGGCGGACGACCGUUUUCCCUCCCGUAGCGAGUACCUGAACGUCCACAGCCUGACUAAUCCCCGCUUCUUUCGGCAACCAACGACGUUCGAGUGGGCGGCGCUGAGAGCAGAAGAGGAGGCCGAAGAGGAAUCGGAAGGAGAACUGAGGAGGGAGGUCGGGGAAGCAGCGGCCCGAUUGGCCAAGGACGAAGAAGAAGAGCGCGAAGCAGAAGAAGAGUCGGCGGAAGAAGAAGAAGAAGAAGAAGCAGAGGAGGAGACUUCGGAGGAAGAGGAAGAGGCCUAUAGCGAGUACAGCGAGGGCGAGCAAAGUGAGGAGGAGGACGAAGACGACGAAGAAGUGGAAAGCGGGAGCGACCAGGAGCCAACCCACGACGAGCUCGAGUGGGUGCCAGGACCGGAUCGACGAGAGGGGAACCCGGAGGCUGCUGCGCAGCGCAAGAAAGAGAUUGCGGAAGGAAAGCGGCUGGCGAUCGAUCCAGCACCGAACGAUCCUUUCAAGGAUCCCGAGCCGCCCAAGCCGGAACAUGGAGACCUUGCUGCCACGACCUCGGGAGCCGUGACGACAAGGCGCCGAUCCCGAUCCCGAUCCUGAUCCCCGUCCCCCUCCGCCUCCGCCCGUCCCCCAAUUCGUCAACGUGUCAAUGAAGGGCUUAGCCCUUC